AUGACACCACUACAAAAAGCAAACAAUCAACAAAAUUGUGACAAUGCAAUUGAAAAAUCACGCAAACUCGUCCUACGUUGUUAUAAUGCACUUGCAUCACAGCAAGAAUUGUCCGGCGUUCAAGUUGCUUCAUAUCUUAUGAAUUGGGAUGACCAUUAUACAACACAUCAGUUUCAAGAUCUCUACCUAAUUCAAACUGAGAGAUAUUUACAAGCGGAAUUGAAUGAAAUGCGUAAAAAACAAAAUCUUCGGCUAACAUCACACGAUGAAGCUUUUUAA